AUGGGUUCCGUUCCGGAGGCGGUGCCUCACCCGUUCGAUCCUCUCUCCCUUGCGGAGAUUGAGACUGCGAUUACCACGGUCAAGAAGGCCCACGGCGAUGUCUUCUUCAAUGUGGUCUCGCUGCACGAGCCGAGGAAGGCCGAGAUGAUGACAUGGCUUGCUGACCCCGAAAAUACGCCAAGACCAGCCCGUGUUGCCGACAUAGUUGUCAUCGCACCGGGCGGGAAGGUGUUCGACGGUCUCGUCGAUCUCAAGGAGGUGAAAAUUGUGAAGUGGGAGCAGAUGGACGGAGUACAGCCCAUUAUUACUCUCGAGGAGCUUAUGGCCGUCGAGCACAUCUGCCGUACCGAUCCUAAGGUAAUUGAGCAGUGCGAGCUCAGCGGAAUUCCUAAGGAGGACAUGCACAAGGUCUACUGCGACCCCUGGACCAUUGGAUACGAUGAGCGGCACGGAAAUGUAGUACGCUUGCAGCAAGCGUUGAUGUACUACCGGCCGAACUUAGACGACUGCCAAUAUCAGUACCCACUCGACUUCUGCCCCAUCUAUGACGCUGGGAAGAAAGAGAUUAUUGCUAUUGACAUACCGAAAAUUCGUCGUCCACUGAGUAAGGCACCACCCAUCAAUUAUCAUCCCGCAGCCGUCGAGAAGGAGGGAGGCUACAGAAACAACCUGAAGCCAAUCAACAUAACUCAGCCGGAAGGUGUUUCUUUCAAGUUGACGGGUCGAGAAAUUGAGUGGCAGUCAUGGAAAUUCCACAUUGGCUUCAACUACCGGGAGGGCAUUGUACUCAACAACAUCACAUACAACGACAAGGGUACUGUGCGUACAACCUUUUACAGACUUUCACUAGCAGAGAUGGUCGUUCCUUAUGGACAACCAGAAAGCCCCCACCACCGAAAGCAUGCUUUCGACCUCGGCGAGUAUGGAGGUGGCUACAUGACCAACAGCCUUAGUUUAGGCUGCGAUUGCAAGGGGGCAAUUCAUUAUAUCGAUGCACACUUCCCAACCCAAGCAGGUGGAGUACGGACGAUCAAGAAUGCAAUCUGCAUUCAUGAGGAGGACGACGGCAUCUUGUUUAAGCACUCUGACUUCAGAGAUGACUCUGUGAUUGUGACAAGGGCUCGUAAGCUGAUCGUGCAACACAUUUUCACUGCUGCCAACUACGAGUAUGCUAUCCAGUGGGUUUUCCAUCAAGAUGGAACUAUCCAGCCCGAGAUCAAGCUUACGGGUAUCCUCAACACAUAUGCCCUAAACGAGGGCGAGGACACCGAGGGCUGGGGAACUCAGGUAGCACCUGGGGUGAAUGCACACAACCAUCAGCAUCUCUUCUGCCUACGUAUCGACCCCAAUAUUGAUGGGCCGAACAACACUGUAUAUAUGGCGGAUGCUGUUCCUUCAGAUGAGCCGGUGGGCAGUCCGAAGAACUACUACGGUAACGCCUUCUACGCCAAGCGUACAAAGCUUGCGACGACUGGCCAGUCUAUGACAGACUAUGAUGGUACAACGUCACGAACUUGGGAUAUGGUCAAUGAGAGCAAACUGCACCCUUGGAGCAAGAAGCCUGCGUCAUAUAAACUCGUCAGCAGAGAGGCACCGCGUUUGUUGCCUAAGGAGGGAUCAUUGGUGUGGAAGCGAGCUGGCUUUGCCAGGCACACUGUUCAUGUAACGAAGUACUCGGACGACCAACUUUGGCCUGCAGGCCGCCACGUCCCUCAGACUUCGGGUGAGCCAUCGAUGGGCUUGCCUGAGUGGAUUGGCGAUGGCACGGAGUCAAUUGAGAACACAGACAUAGUACUGUGGCACACAUUCGGUGUCACCCACAUCCCGGCGCCGGAAGACUUCCCCGUCAUGCCAGCCGAGCCCAUUACAUUGCUCCUGCGUCCACGCAAUUUCUUCACAAACAACCCGGUUAUGAACGUGCCGCCCAGCUACUCCAGUACACCCAGCCAGGUGCUUGCGAAGGGCGAAGGUGUUGUAAAUGCAGCGGAUAAGAUGUCCAAACUUGCUUUCGAGAACGGAGCCAAUGGUUCAAACGGGGCGAAUGGGGGUUCAUGCUGCUCCAACGGGGCGAAUGGACACUAA